AUGAGACUUCGCUCCUUUCUUCUGCGGUAUUAUCCGCCAGGGAUUACGCUGGAGUAUGAAACCUCAUCUGGUGAAGUGGGUGAAAAGACAAUAGAUCUCCUUACACUUACACCGCAGACAAAUUUAGAGCGGCUUGCCGCAGAAAUUAUUAAGGAGGAACCACUACUUACGGAAAAGUACGCCUCGCAGUUAAUUACAUAUCUGCAGAGGUUAGUAGAUAAGCUAAAGGCUGGGUAUAAUACGAAACAGACGUUUUACCUUUUUAAGACUCUCCGAGCACAUAUGUUACCCUUAACGAAUUGUGCCUUCAAUAAAGGGGGAGAUUCUUUUAUUACAGGCAGUUAUGAUCGCACAUGUAAAGUGUGGGAAACCGCUACUGGUUCUGAAAUUGUGUCAUUAGAAGGACACCGUAAUGUUGUGUACUCGGUAUCAUUUAAUAAUCCUUAUGGAAAUCGAGUGGCUACAGGAAGUUUUGAUAAAACGUGCAAAAUAUGGGAUGCCAGUACGGGUCAAUGCUAUCAUACAUUAACGGGUCAUAUGGCUGAGAUUGUGUGUAUGUGUUUUAAUCCACAAAGUACACAUCUCGCAUCUGGAUCAAUGGAUUAUACAGCUAAAGUAUGGGAUUUGGAAACUGGUAGAGAAGCCUAUACACUACUUGGACACACCGCAGAGAUUGUAUCCCUUAACUUCAAUACCCAUGGAGAUCUUAUUUUAACUGGAAGUUUUGAUGCGAGUGCCAAAUUAUGGGAUGUACGUACAGGUAAAUGUGUUCACACACUUUCUUCUCAUCGUGCGGAGAUUUCAUCUACACAAUUUAAUUUUGCCGGAAACUUAUGCAUAACGGGAUGUAUUGAUCGUUCCUGUAAAGUCUGGGAUGUGCGAGCGGGGAAGUGUCUCUCCACACUACGAGGCCACACAGAUGAAAUUCUCGAUGUGGCCUUCAGCACCACGGGUUCAAUGAUUGUCACUGCGAGUGCUGAUGCCACUGCCCGUGUUUACGAUACCGCCUCUUGUAAUUGUAUUGCCACGCUGUUGGGACAUGAGGGGGAAAUCUCAAAAGUGCAGUUUAACCCGCAGGGAACGAAAAUUAUCUCCGCCGCGAAUGAUAAGACGUGUCGGGUGUGGAAUAUAGAAACAGGGGAAGCCAUUCAGGUUCUCACAGGCCAUAAUGAUGAGAUAUUCUCAUGUGCCUUUAACUAUGAAGGAGAUACAAUCCUUACAGGAUCAAAGGACAAUACAUGUGGAAUUUGGAAAAGUUAA